AUGGGUCCUCCUGACACUUUCAAUGCUAGUACAGAGUUCAUCUUGGUGGGACUCUCCAAUGACCGCAAGACACAGAUUCUACUCUUCGUGGUCAUUCUCCUCAUCUAUAUAUUUACUCUUGUGGGGAAUGCAGGGAUUAUCAUGUUGGUACGGACAGACUCCCACCUCCACACCCCCAUGUAUUUCUUCCUUACACAACUCUCAAGUGUGGAGAUCUGUUAUGUCAACACCACCAUCCCCCAGAUACUUGCUCACCUUCUAGCAGGUCAUGCAGGAUUGUCUUUAAUCUGUUGUGCAUUGCAGAUGUACACAGCUUUGGCCUUGGCUGCUGCUGAAGUACUUCUGCUUGGCGUCAUGGCUUAUGACCGUUACUUAGCCAUCUGCCAUCCCCUCAUAUAUGCCACUGCUAUGGGGAGUCAGCACCAAUUUCAGCUUGCCUUAGCCUGCUGGAUAGGUGGGUUUGGUGUUGCAAUGGUAUGUGUGAGCCUCACCUUUAGCCACCCCUUCUGUGGCCCUUGCUGCAUCAACCAUUUUAUCUGUGAGAUGCCAGUGGUGUUGAGGCUCGCAUGUGAUGACACCCGUAUUACAGAAAUCAUCAUUUUUGUGUUCGCAGCAAUCGUCCUCUUCUGCCCUCUUUCAGCUACCUUGACUUCUUAUGGACUCAUUCUGUUUUCUUUGUUCCAAAUGAGGUCAGCUAGUGGAUUGCGCAAGGCCUUCUCUACAUGUGGCUCCCAUCUAGCAGUGGUCAUAAUCUUUUACGUCACGGCCAUCUUUGUCUAUAUUGCACCACGGAUAGGAGCAUCUCCUGGGAAUGACAAGCAGGCUGCUGUGUUUUAUGUUGUGGUCACCCCACUUCUGAACCCUAUCAUAUACACUCUGCGGAACAAGGACAUUCAUGCGGCGAUGGCCAAAGUGCUACGAAAAUGGGGCUUUGAGCAGAAAAGAUGA